CCGUGAUUAUGUUCUCAUGGUGGACUAUUACUCUCGGUUUCCGGAAGUCGUCUCCUUGAGCUCUACGUCAGCCUCAGCGGUUAUCGCGGCUAUCAAGAGCUGCUUUUCCCGACAUGGGAUACCGGACGUUGUACGGACAGACAAUGGUCCGCAGUUUGCUUCACAGGAAUUCGCAAACUUUGCUCUGUCAUACGGUUUCGAGCAUGAGACCAGUAGCCCUCGGUACCCGCAGAGUAAUGGCGCAGUAGAGCGCAUGGUGCGCACGGUGAAGGAUCUUUUGUACAAGUCCGAAGACCCAUACCUAGCGCUUCUCACCUACCGGGACACUCCGGGCGUCGCGGGAGUCUCUCCUGCCAUGUUGCUGAUGGGUCGGCGGUUACAGACGCGUCUUCCUGCUCUGCCGCAGCGACUCGCACCAGUUCAACCAAGCCACGAGAGGUUCCGGGCUCAAGACUCCAGGAAUAAGGUCAGGCAGGCGAGAGACUUCAAUCGCCGGCACAACGCUCGCUCUCUUAAUCCUCUCAAGCCAGGUGACAGCGUCUGGGUCACGGAUGCCAGCUGUCAAGCACGCGUCCUGAGCCCUGCCCAACGACCACGGUCGUACGUCGUAGAGACUCCCAAGGGAAUCCUACAGCGAAACCGCCGGCACCUGGUGCCCUUCUCGCCGACCGUUACUGCGAGGGAGUCUGUCGAGCUUCCUGCUGCCGAAGAGCCUCCAGGACAACCACCCGAAGAAGGUCAGCCUGGGGAGUUGCCCACUGCGGGCUGCUCUUCACCCUCUCUGGAUCGUGCAUCUUCCCCGCAAGGUGUUACAAGAUCACGCUAUGGACGUGCCAUCAAGCCACCAAGACGGUUGGACUUGUAAACAUCGCUUUCUUUCGAACUGUGUAACUAGAGUGCAGUAACGAGCUCCGGGGGGAGAUGUAGGGGAGACCAAGAGAUGGCGCCAGGAGCGCAUCGUGAUCUAGAUAAGCGCGUGCGCCGCGAGAC